CCUCUCUUCAAGAAAAACCUCACAGUUUUUACAAUUUUUUCUCCUCUUAAUUUUUUUUUUUUUUUAUGUUUUGAAGAUUUUUUUUAGUUUUAUUGACUUUUACCUUCUGGGGGUGGGUGUUUUCAACGAACCCGGUUUGCAUUUACAUAUUAGGGUUUUAAGGGGUUUCUUUCUUUGAAGAAGCUGCAACAAAAAAAAAGGGUUCUUUUUUCUGGGUGAUUUUUUGAGUAUGGAUUCAGAACAAGGGAAGAUUUUUGUGGGUGGAAUCUCAUGGGAAACCAAUGAAGAUACUUUGAAAGAUCAUUUUAAUAAGUUUGGUGAAGUUGUGGAGACUGUGAUUAUGAGAGAUAGAAAUACAGGUAGUGCAAGAGGUUUUGGAUUUGUUCUAUUCUCAGAUCCAUCUGUAGCUGAUAAAGUUCUUUUAGAAAAACAUGUUAUUCUUGGAAGAACGGUAGAAGUGAAAAAGGCAGUGCCAAGAGGUGAACAUAAUAACCCUUACAAUCAAAAGGGUUUUAAUAAGAUUAAUGGUAAUAAUGGUCAGUUUAGGACAAAGAAGAUUUUUGUAGGUGGUUUAUCUCCUAGCUUAACUGAGGAAGAAUUUAAAGCUUAUUUCGAGAAGUUUGGUAGAACUACUGAUGUUGUUGUUAUGUAUGAUACCACAACACAUAGACCUAGGGGUUUUGGUUUCAUCACUUUUGAUUCUGAGGAAGCCGUAGAGAAUGUAAUGCAGAAGAGUUUUCAUGAGUUGAAUGACAAAGUAGUUGAGGUUAAGAGAGCUGUACCUAAAGAUGGGAGUAAUAGUGGUCAUAAUGGUGGUUAUAAUAUGAGAAUGAAUGGUGGAAGAGGAGGGUCUGCUUUUGGUGGUGUACAAGGUGGUGGAAUUUACCCACCGUUAAGGCCAGGAUAUGGGGGAAUUUACUCUGGAUAUCCUCCUCAACUUUCAGGUUAUGCUUCUGCUGGAGGGUACCCUUAUGGAGCUAGUGGGUAUCUUGGAGGAUAUCCUAUGGGUGGAUAUGGAGCAGUAGGUUAUGGAGGGACCCCAAUUGUGUCUCCCAGGAGUCCACUAUGGAACAGCUCUUCGAUGGUUGGCUCUCGAAGGAGUCCAAUGCCUUUUGGAGGUCCUGCAAUGUAUCCUGGUUACUUGAAUGGGGGUUUCGUGGGAGUGCCAGGUGCUGGUUAUCGUGGGAUUAUGGGUCCUGCUGCAGCAAAUGGGAAAUGGAAUAUGGGUGGUGAUGCUCAGAUGCCAGGUGCUGCUACGUCCCCGGGAGUUGGUGGUGGAAAGAUGGAUGAUGAUUCUUCUGAUCUCGCAGGAAGCUAUGGUGCUGGUGCAGGCAAACAGAAUCAAAGAGGCAUUGAGGGGCGAUUUAGGCCGUACACUGUUGCCAACUCCAGUUGACUUCAUGGAAUGUCUUAAUAUUACAGAACCAUAUGAGGUUCUGUUGCAAGAGAGGGGGAGAGAAAGAGAGGACAUACAUGAGGUAUCCAAAUUGAGUUCCAAAUUAACAAACAAAACAGAUAGAAAACUGGAAGAGCUGCAUUUUGAGGCCAACAAAUUACUGCUUCUGUCAAUCCAUGUUGUGUCUUUAAUUUGGAUGCAUUUGCAGUGUUUGUUUGUUUUUUCUUCUGAUCUUGUGCAUGAUUUACAACUAUUUCCAUCAUUUACCAUUAUUAUUAAUAUUUCUUCAUUAUAUUUUUUUUUGUUGAA